CCAAUUACAAACCACAGGCUUCCUGCUCUAGGGAGGAGAUCCCCAAGGAAGCGCUCGAAUCCUUCCGAACUCUGCGAAGUCCAUCCAUGGUUCAGAGAUACUGCCUUCUCUGGGAUCUUUCUGUUCCUGGCAGUAAAUUGUUGCUGUUAUAUUUGCUACUCGGCUUCUUUCCUCUUCCAAGAGCUGAUCAUUUACUAUUCUAUUCGGAGAGGAAAAAAAAAAAAGAACCUCUGUUUAGGGGACUUCAGAAAUGAUGUCGGAUCUUCUGUAAAUGGUUUUAGAGUCCUUGGGGACGGUAGCUCUCAUCCUGGAAUAAAUUUCUGCGUUUGACCUGCAUGGAUUACUUUUUCAGGCUGCGGAAUUUCUCGACCCCUACCUGUAGUGUGGGAUACAUGGUUUGGUUGCAGAGUAAGAAGGUGGAAGAAUGAGCUGUACUUGGUUAAGCAGUUCAAAUCUAUUUUGAGCAGGAUCUAUAAAAGCAUAAUUGAAUUCGGUUCACCCCCUACCCCGUGGAUUCCUGUGGGCCCGACAGCGCAACAGUUGACACAUUUUGUGGCUCCCUAAAUGCCAUCUCUUCGUUUUCUGAGCCGGAGUUCUUCACUGUCUCCUCUGCUGCAUGGCCAUAGCUGUUUACCUGACCGUGGUUUUCAUCUACAUCGGGGUUAGUGCCUCUACUUGAUGCAUAUGGAAGACCAGCACCAAGUGAUCUGACGUCGGAAACAUUCCCAUUCAGUCUCAAGUUUGGAAGUUUCAAAGACAAGUGGUGGCAUCUCUCUUCCCCGUGAAGAUGAGAGCAGUUGACAUACCCGCAGCUGAAGUGGGCUGAAAACACCCUCUUCUCUGCCCACUCAGGAAUGCCAUCCAGUCUUGGGGAUAUACCUUAGGAAAAAGAAGGACUAGGUUUUCUGAAACUGAAGCCUAAGUUCUCUUUUCCCUGCCUUUCUCUGGAUCUGAGAAGCUGCGGGUGGUGCCAGCUAGUGGAAGCAGUAUGUAUGGCCGCUUGCUGGAGCUGGUAGCAUGAGUGGUGGCCACCAGCUGCAGCUGGCUGCCCUCUGGCCCUGGCUGCUGAUGGCUUCCCUGCACGCAGGCUUUGGACACACAGGACCGGUACUUGCAGCAGCGCUGGAGACUGAAAGAUCAGCAGAACAGAAAGCUAUUAUCAGAGUGAUCCCCUUAAAAAUGGACCCCACGGGAAAACUCAAUCUCACUUUGGAAGGCGUAUUUGCUGGUGUUGCAGAAAUAACUCCAGCAGAAGGAAAAUUAAUGCAGUCCCACCCCCUGUACCUAUGCAAUGCCAGUGAUGACGACAAUCUGGAACCUGGGUUCAUCAGCAUCGUCAAGCUGGAGAGUCCUCGACGGUCCCCUCGCCCCUGCCUGUCACUGGCCAGUAAGGCCCGGAUGGCUGGCGAGCGAGGAGCCAGUGCAGUCCUCUUUGACAUCACGGAGGAUCGAGCUGCUGCUGAGCAGCUGCAGCAGCCCCUGGGGCUGACGUGGCCCGUGGUGCUGAUCUGGGGCAAUGACGCUGAGAAGCUAAUGGAGUUUGUGUACAAGAACCGGAAGGCCCACGUGAGGAUUGAGCUAAAGGAGCCCCCGGCCUGGCCAGAUUAUGACGUGUGGAUCCUCUUGACUGUGGUGGGCACCAUCUUUGUGGUCAUCCUGGCUUCAGUGCUGCGCAUCCGGUGCCGCCCCCGCCACAGCAGGCCUGACCCUCUUCAGCAACGAACAGCCUGGGCCAUCAGCCAGCUGGCCACCAGGAGGUACCAAGCCAGCUGCAGGAGGGCCCGAGCCGAGUGGCCAGACUCGGGCAGUAGCUGCAGCUCAGCCCCCAUGUGUGCCAUCUGCCUGGAGGAAUUUUCCGAGGGUCAGGAGCUGCGAGUCAUUUCCUGCCUCCAUGAGUUCCAUCGCAGCUGUGUGGACCCGUGGCUACAUCAGCACCGGACUUGCCCUCUCUGCAUGUUCAACAUCGUAGAGGGAGAUUCGUUGUCCCAGGCCCUGGGAUCCUCUCCGUCUUACCAGGAACCAGGCAGGAGACUGCACCUCAUUCGCCAGCAUCCCGGCCAUGCCCACUACCAUCUUCCUGCUGCCUACUUAUUGGGCCCUUCCAGGGAUCCGGUGGCUCGGCCCCCACGACCUAGGCCCUUCCUGCCAUCCCAGGAGCCAGGCAUGGGCUCUCGGCACCAACGCCUCCCCAGAGCUGCGCAUCUCCGGGCUCUGGGUGAACAGCAGCACCUGGCAGUGGCCCAGCACCCCUAUGCACAGGGCUGGGGGCUGAGCCACCUCCGAUGUACCUCUCAGCACCCCCCAGUCUGUCCAGUGCCCCUGCGCCGGGUUCGGCCUCAUGACAGCAGUGGCUCUGGAGAAAGCUACCGCACCGAGCGCAGUGGCUACCUGGCAGACGGGCCAGCCAGCGACUCCAGCUCAGGGCCAUGUCAUGGCUCUUCCAGUGACUCAGUGGUCAACUGCACGGACAUCAGCCUGCAGGGCAUCCACGGCAGCAGUUCUACCUUCCGCAGCUCCCUGAGCAGCGACUUUGACCCAUUGGUGUACUGCAGCCCUGAAGGGGAUCUCCAGGGAAAGGGGGUGCAGCCUACUGUGACCUCUCGACCCCGUUCCCUGGAUUCAGUGGUGCCCACAGGGGAAACCCAGGUUUCUAGCCAUGUCCACUACCACAGGCACAGGCACCACCACUAUAAAAAGAGGUUCCAGUGGCAUGGUAGAAAGCCUGGCCCAGAAACCGGGGUCCCCCAGUCGAGGCCUGCUGUUUCUCGGACUCAGCUGCAGCCAGAGUCACCUGUUCCUGACCAGCAUGUCACCAGAUCCAACUCAACAGCCCUUACAGGACAGCUUCCCAGCCCACAGCGGCCCAGGGCCCUUACAGAGCCAGCCCCUGGUACAGCUGAAGCUGCCAGCCCUAGCCCCAGCCCCAGCAAUCUUUCGAACUUGCAGAAAUCCAGCCUCCCUGUGCGACACCCACAGAGAAAACGGCGAGGAGGCCCCUCAGAACCCACGCCGGCUACUCGGCCCCAAGACUUGACUGUGCAUCCGGCCUGUCAGAUUUUCCCCCACUGCAGCCCCCAUCUGGCAUACCCUUGGUCCCCUGAGGCCCACCCACUGAUCUUCAGACCGCCAGGCCUGGAUAGGAGCCCGCUAUCAGAAGCUCCAGUUCCCUGUUACUCAAGUUCACAGCCAAUGUGGUUAUAUCUGACUCCUCGCCGGCCCUUGGGACCACACCCACCUGGAGAGGGCCUUUCUGAAUGGAGUUGUGACACCCCGGAGGGCAGGUCAUGCCCUUACCCACACUGCCAGGUGCUGCCAGCCCAGCCUGGCUCAGAAGAGGAGCUGGAGGAGCUGUGUGAACAGGCCGUGUGAGCUGUUCAGGACAAGCUGCAACCAAGAUGUGCUCCGGAUGACUCAGGGCUCUACGCACAGAGUCCUGCUCUUGAAAGAAGAAAGGACCUCGGGAAACACCGAUGGUGGGUGGUAGGAGGUGGUUUCCUGCCCCAGCUCCUGAUCUUGUCUGCAGCGUACCCCUGCAGUACAGCAAAGUCAGUGUCUGGCCAGCCAACCAGCCUGCCUGCAUUUGGGGGCUGAGUCGUUGAGGACAGGAAGCUAGGUAUGGAGAGCUAGGUGUUACAAGGUGCUGCUCCUUCUCCCAGCCUUACUAGGUCUCCUUCGCCUCAGGCCUCAUGUUACACCAGCCCAUGGGUUUGGCUGAAUGGCAUGAUCAUGUCUCACCUCCUACCUUGGGUGAAUUCUUCACACCAGCUUUGGCCCCACCCUGGGAAAGGUUUCAUCAGGGACAACCCCAGCUUUUAUCAUUUUCCUUUUUCACAAAAGGCCCAGGAGCGUAGGUGAAUCCUGAUCCCUGAAGAGACAUCCCUGCAGCUUCUCCAAGCAGUGCCUGCCAUGCUGCACGCAGAGGCAUGGUUUCCCCCUUCCUGUCCCUCAGUUGCUCUUAACUUGUCAGAUCUGUUAUACCAAGUCAGAGGAGGAGGCGCUGGGAAGCCAGGGUGUGACGUUCUGUCCCUUAGAUGGGGACCAGUACCUUGGCAAACCUGAAUAAAGCCUAUGAUUGUUGAGCUCCUUGUGAGACUCACCAGCAGCUCCAGUUGCUCUGAGCUCAAAGAAGGAGCAGUGGGAAUAGCUCUUCCUUGAAGACGUUUCUGUUUCAGAGUUCCAGAUCAGGAAGAGAGAAUUUCUGUUAGACUUCUUCCGGGAAGAGGGAGGGUGGGAUGGAGGCGGGCAAGGCGACGUUACACCUGAGCAAGGACAGCGAAGAAAGAGCUGUUCUCUGAGAGGUGAUUUCUCAGUGCAGGGAUUUGGAACACUAAUGUGUGACCUCUGGGGUUUGCAGGGCCCAGAGGCCCACCUACCCAGUAUAAGCCAUACCAGGACCCAGCAGAAGGUGUGUACCUGGAGUGGAGUUGGAGCAAGACACUGGCUUGCACAGCUUGUACCAAGUAGGCAAGGGCUGAGGGGCCCCUGCAACCCUUCAUCCCAGGACAUCCUGACCAUUGUGAGCCCCUCAGGUGUUAUCCUCACCUGGAAUGUGAAUGUGGGGGCAAAGUGGGCACAGGAUCCUACUUGAGAACCUUCUUCCCUCAAUGUCAGUGGGGAGACUGGCACCCAGGCACCCACAUGGGUAUUUAUAUCUGAACCAGACAGAA